UUGUUGCACCCGUCCGAUUGUUGCGAACGUCUGUAAACGCUGUUCAGUCUCGUCGCACACGACGCGUCAGUUCGAUAUCGUCGUUUGUUCUUGUUAGUUCACACAAGUUUUUGCAACCAGUAAAGAUGCCGGGCGAAACUGCGGUCGAAAAUCAACCAGGGGAGCCCCAACAAAUCAUAUCCAAGAAGGUAGUCAUGUCGACGAGCAUGGAUCUGGACAGCGUACGCGCCGCUUACGAUGACGUCCGAUCGGAUAACUCGGAGACGCAAUGGGCCGUGUUCAAGUUUGACGGACCUAGGAUAGUCUGUUCCGCGACUGGUUCAGAUUUUGAGAAAUUCAAAGACCAGUUCGAAGAAAAAGAACGCGCCUUUGGUUACAUCCGCAUACAAACUGGCGAUGAGAUGUCCAAACGACAGAAAUUCCUGUUCGUUACGUUCGUGGGUUCUGCCGUUAGUGUCAUACAGAGAGCCAAAAUGUCCACCGAUAAAUCGGUCAUCAAAAACGUCAUAUCAAAUUUCGCUGUGGAACUACAAUUAGAAAAUACAACUGAAAUCGAUUUGAACCACUUCGUCGAUGAAUUGAUAAAAGCUGGUGGUGCAAAUUACGGGACUGGCAUUAGGGAAAUUUAAGAGUGCUUAAUUUAUUAUACAUAUAUAUUCUAUAUGAUAAUUUUUUACUGUAGAUUUAUAUACACAUCGUAAUAUAUGAGUGCGUCAAAGCGACAUGUGCAAUAAUGAAAUAAACUGAUAUUAUAUUGUUACAUUUAGGUAUAUUGUAAAAUCAAAAGUGAAUAUACGUAUAUAAAAUUUUA